CCGCGUUGGCUCGCAACGAGCGGUGAAAAAGUUUUUAGACACCCCCAACCCCCUCCUCUUUAUGUUUUUGUUGGGGGAAAAGUUGCUGGAAGUUUUAGCCGUGUGGAUGUAGCGUGUUUGCCGUUUUCUGCCCCUCGGUAACGGAGGGAAGGAGCGUCGGCGCGAGCGUGAAGUCGUCCACGGAGGUUUAGAGCGAGGACUUUUCAACGCUUUGUGUCCGUGGGCUCGGGCUGAAAAAUCUCAGCGGCCCCGUCCCGUCAGCGCUGCAUCUCGUUAGCUACCUAGCUGAGUCCCCAACAAAGUUAACGCUACCUCGGCUCCCUCGUAGCCUAUCUCUUCGGGAAAAGGUCCAGCUUUUUAACCAGCGCAGAGAUGGCGGAGACCAAAAUCAUCUAUCACAUCGACGAAGAGGAGACCCCGUACUUGGUGAAGAUCCCCAUAGCUGCAGAAAAUAUCACCCUGCUGGAUUUUAAACAGGUCCUCAACAAGCCAAACUACAAAUUCUUUUUCAAAUCUAUGGACCAAGACUUUGGGGUGGUGAAGGAAGAGAUUUCCGACGAUGGCGCCAAGUUGCCUUGUUUUAACGGCAGAGUGGUGUCCUGGUUGGUGUCUUCGGAGACUCCCGUUGCAGAGCCUCCAGUUGCGGUGGUGCCCCCUGUGGAAACAACCACCCAGCCUUCACCACCUCCACCGCCCCUCCCACCCCCACCCGCAGAGAGGACAGGGGGCAUUGGGGACUCCAGACCACCGUCCUUCCAUCCCAACGCUACAGGCAGCGUGGAGACUUUGGACGAUCAGACUGAAACCGAGUCCGUGGUUUCCUUCAGGAGGGAGAGACCCCGCCACAGAGAGAGCGUGGAUCAGCACGGGCCCCGCAUGAACGGUCAGAGCCGCCUGGAGCGCCACCUGGCAGGGUACGAGAGCUCCAGCACAGUGAUGAGCAGCGAGCUGGACACCACCAGCUUCUGUGACUCUGAGGAUGACGACACCAUGAGCAGGUUCAGCAGCGCCACAGAGCAGAGCACCGCCUCCAGGCUUCUGAAACGACACCGCCGGCGGAGGAAACAGCGCCCCCCGCGGCUGGAAAGGGCCUCGUCCUUCAGCAGCGUGACAGAUUCCACGAUGUCCCUGAACAUCAUCACCGUCACUCUCAACAUGGAGAAGUACAACUUCCUGGGUAUUAGCAUUGUGGGCCAGAGCAACGAAAGAGGGGAUGGCGGCAUCUACAUCGGCUCCAUCAUGAAGGGCGGGGCUGUGGCUGCGGACGGACGCAUCGAACCCGGAGACAUGCUGCUGCAGGUGAAUGACAUCAACUUUGAGAACAUGAGUAACGACGACGCGGUGCGAGUUCUCAGAGAGAUCGUACACAAACCAGGACCCAUCAUACUGACGGUGGCCAAAUGUUGGGACCCGGCGCCUCAGGGCUACUUCACGCUGCCUCGCAAUGAGCCGAUCCGACCCAUCGACCCCGCGGCGUGGGUCAGCCACUCUGUGGCCAUGACCGGGGCUUACCCUCCGUAUCCGGGCAGCUCCUCUCUCAGCACCAUCACCUCCUCCUCCUCCGUGACUGAGACUGAACGUUUUGAUGACUUUAACUUGUCGCUGCACUCUGACAUGGCCUCUGUCGCUAAGGCCAUGGCUUCACCGGAGUCGGGACUGGAAGUCAGGGAUCGCAUGUGGCUUAAAAUCACCAUCCCCAACGCGUUCCUGGGCUCAGACGUAGUGGAGUGGCUCUUCCACCACAUCGAGGGAUUCCAGGACCGCCGGGAAGCCAGGAAGUACGCCAGCAACCUUCUGAAGGCCGGCUUCAUCCGACACACCGUCAACAAGAUCACUUUCUCCGAGCAGUGCUACUACGUGUUCGGAGAUCUGAGCGACUGUGAGAACUACAUGGCCAACCUGUCGCUGAACGAUAACGACGGCUCCAGCGGCGCCUCGGAUCAGGACACCCUGGCCCCCCUGCCACUCCCCGGCGCCUCCCCGUGGCCCAUGAUGCACACCUUCCCCUACCAGCCCUACGCAGCGCAUCCCUACUCCAGCCAGCCACCUCCGUACCAUGAACUCAGCAGCUACAGCUUCGCUCCGGGCAGCACGGGCAGCCAGCACAGCGAAGGGAGCCGAAGCAGCGGCUCAACGAGGAGCGAGGGCGAGCGGCGGCGCAGCAGCAAGGGCCCCGGCAGCACUGUGGGCGGGGGGGAGAAAUCCCCCUCUGGAGAUGGCGGCGGCGGCGCCGAGUCGCGCUCCGGCAGCGGCAGCGAAUCGGAGUACUCCACCCGCGGCAGCCUGAGGCGCGGCCACGGCUCGUCGGCGCCCAGCGAGCACAGCCACGCCUCGUCGCAGCGCUCCCACCACCACCGGAUGCCGCAGCCACCCCACAUGUCCCCGUACCCGCCAGGCAUCCUGCCCUACAACCCCAUGAUGCUGAUGAUGGUGCCCCAGCACCCACACCCGGCCUUGGCCGCCCACGCUCUCCAGCACCCGCAGCAGCUGUCGGCUGCCCCCAUGCACCAGGCGCUGCCCCCUCCUCCCUGCUCUACUCCAGGGGGCCCUCCAGGGGCCCCUCCCACCCGUGACCUGGGCUCUGUACCUCCAGAGCUGACCGCGUCCCGCCAGUCGUUCCACCUGGCUAUGGGCAACCCUAGCGAGUUCUUUGUGGACGUCAUGUAGAUUGCAUUUUGUUUAAUUUUGUUUUUCUUUGUGUUGAUUGGUUAUUCAUGUGAAGUCAGUGUACGGUUCUGCUCAGUGAGCUCACGCCGCUCAUCGGAGGAAGGGUUCUGGUUAUGAAUUAGGUAAAACAGGGUUUAAAAUGACAAAGAAAUUAAUAAAAAGCAAGCUGAUAUUGAAUAUGGUUUGAUUAAAUGCACCAGUAAGUUUAGUUUCUGCUUAAAUGAAAAACAAAAAGUACAGCUUUAACAGUUCAGAAAGACUCGCCUGUUCAGGUUCUUCUGUGUUUGAAGCAAAGUUUCAGCACAGCGUUGGGAGCCCGGCGGAGCUGCUCUGUAGUUUGAGACACUGAUCUCAGAUCUGCCCUCCUUGGAGCCACGCAGAACAGAGUUUAACACUAGAGGGCGCUAGGUACACCAUGUGCUGGAAGAAGGAUCCAGUCCUGUUUUUUUUUUCUUUUUUUUUUUUUGAUGAGUGCCUUACUUUUUUGAGACGUGAAACACUCCAGGUACAUAAGAUGUUGUUCCACAUUGUUUGACAAUGAACUUCUCUGUACAUAAAUAUCUGCAGCUCCUAUGAAAAGCAUAGCAAUGUGAAAGAAAAAGGUCCAAACAUGAAUCAAGAAAUGAUCAGAUCACUCCUGACCUGAAAGGUACCACGAUGUUCUGAAUGUGACACCACGUGCUUAUGGCGGUACCUUUUCAUGACAUUCUGUGUAUUUCUUUAAUGUGAUACAGCUCCUCGUCCUUAUUUUUAUGUUAUUGACUCACAUUAUUCACCAACUUUUUUUUUGUUUGUUUUGUAUGCAUGACUUUGUAAAUCAUGUAUAAUCCAGAUAUUAAGGUGCUAAAUGAAGAGUCAACAUUACAGAGUGACAUGGACAGUGUGGCGCUGUUUCAACUCAUAAAACCAUCUUUGUUUGUGCCUUUCAGAAUAAAUUUGAUACUAGCUCACCA